AUGCUCGACACGCUGCCGAACGAGCUGAUUCUGUACAUCGCGCUGGAGACGCAUGUGCUCUCUCAGGGCGAUGUGCUCUCACUAGCAUGCGCCUGCCGCCGGUUCUCUGUCCUCUUCACCUCGUCCGAUGCGCGGCUGGCGCUGGCAGCGGGCAACUUUGAUCAUCGUCGCGUCAUCAACUUGCCGUUCAACAUUGGCUCCACAGUGGUUGAUGAUCGGUGGUCGGCGCUAUGUGCAUUGGCCGAUGUCGGGGCGCUUGCGGAAGAGACCGGCGCCCGUGAGCUGGCCACAUCGCUGUUGGCUGACGACGGCAUCGAUGCCGGGGCCGAUGCCAAUACUGUGCUGCGGCGGGCGGCGGCAGCAGGCAAUGUCGAGCUCAUGCGGCUGCUGCUGACGCGGAGCGAUGUUGAUCCGUCCGACCACAACAACGACGCCAUCCUGUGCGCGGUGUAUUCUGGAUCCGAGCCGGCCACGCGCGAGCUGCUCGCGCAUCCGGAAGUCGAUCCCGGGACUCGGAACAACGCGGCACUGGUCGCGGCGGCAAGUGACAACUUAUGCGGCAUUGUGCGCUUGCUCCUCGCGUCGCCUUUGGUCGAUCCGGGCACCCAGAGCAAUGCUGCGCUCGUCGAGGCCGCGACAGCCGGCCACGACGACGUCGUCGCUGCGCUCAUCGCUGACGCCCGCGUCAAUCUCGCCCUCCGCGGCAAUUUGGCGUUCCUCAAAGCAUGCACUCGCGGGCGGCUCGGCGUCGCCAAACUCCUCAUUGCUCAUCCGGCCAUAUCUCCACAGGCGCAUGAAAACGCCGCACUCCGCAACGCGGCGGCAGGCGGGCACACUGCUGUCGUUGCGCUUCUCCUCGCCGAUCCGCGGGUCGAUCCCACCGCCCGGCGGACGGAAGCACUCCGGCGCGCGUCCCAGCGGCGUCAUCGCGACAUUGUCGAUCUUCUCCUUGCGCACCCCGCCGUCGAUCCCGAGCACUUGUGA